UUUCAAGAACACCAUCAUCAUUAUGACCUCAAAUCUAGGAGCGGAGCACCUAACAGCAGGAAUGGCUGGAAAAAUCACAAUGGAAGCUGCACGCGACCUUGUGAUGCAUCAGGUCCAGAAACACUUCAAACCUGAGCUUCGCAACAGAAUGAGUGAGAUUGUUAUAUUUGAGCCACUUUCGCUCGACAAACUGAAGGAGAUUGUGAAAAUUCAGAUGGAGAGCAUUGUCGCCAGCGUAGCUAGCAAGGGCAUCUCUCUAUCUGCGAGCGAUGCCGCUCUGGACGUGGUUUUGUCGGAAUCAUACAACCCAAUGUAUGGCGCAAGGCCUGUAAAGAGGUGGUUGCUGAAGAAUGUGAUGACUGAUCUCUCCGAGAUGCUGGUCAAUGGACAAAUUAGUGAAGGCUCGUCAAUCUCCAUUGAUGCUGCCAAUGAGAAGACGCUCAAGUUUGAAGUGUUGAAGGUGUCAGAUCCGCGACCCAAGAGUCUGACGGUCAAACUCCCUGGUAACUGCGAGACUGUGUAGCUUUCUUUAUAGCACGGCGACUAGGAUGUUGGAUAUUCUGUGUAGUUUUUGUUUCAUCAGUGUCAUGUGGAGUACUACGUGAUAAUUCAACGCAGAAAAGUGCACUCGCACUUGCUGAACAGGGUCUCCUUCGUUGUAAGGAAAAUGGGGAUC